GGUGUGCGUGCGGCGGUACCGGCGGCCAGGACUUGAGGCGGGCUGGCGGGCAGCGACGACAUGCAGCCGCUACGGUGUCGCCAGAUCCGCUGAGGACCGAGGCAGCGGACAGAGGACUAGUCCGAGUAAAGACUGAACUAUGAUGCUGAGAUCUGUGCAGGAAAUAUUGCUGAAUUCUUCUCUAUCCAGUUGUUACUGCAGUGUGACAUGGAGGGAGCUUCUGGCAUUGAUAGGGCUACAGAUGACUUUGUAAGGUUGAAGAGAGGUUCGCCAUUGCUAGAUGAGGAUGAUUACUUUCCAGAGCUGCUAACCCUUCCUCCUCGUGAUCGCCUUGACUGGGAAGAGACCAUCAGUGCUAUGGCGAGGAGCGCUGAUAUUACUGAUCUCCCUGGAGAACUCCCACUCCGUCCCUGCGGAAGCACGGCCAGCAUGAAAGUCAAACACGUCAAAAAGCUGGCAUUCGCGAAAGGGCACUUUCCCAAGCUUGCCGAAUGUGCCCAUUUCCACUACGAGAAUGUGGACUUUGGCAGCAUACAACUGGUGCUGACAGAGGAACAGAGUGAUGUGAGCAGGAAUGGUGCUGACACCAAAGACCUCGUGUUUCUGGUUCAGGUCUCUUGUCAGGGCAGGAGUUGGAUUGUGAAGAGGAGCUAUGAAGAUUUCCGGGUGCUGGACAAACAUCUCCAUCUAUGUAUCUAUGACCGGCGAUUUUCCCAGUUGGUGGAGCUGCCCCGUGCAGACUGGCUGAAGGACAGCGCAGAGACUGUUACCCAGAUGCUGAUGGCGUAUCUUGCCAGGCUCUCUGUCAUAGCUGAUAAUAAGAUCAACUGUGGGCCUGCUCUCACAUGGAUGGAGAUAGAUAACAAAGGGAACCAUCUACUGGUACACGAAGAGUCCUCCAUCAAUGUUCCUGCCAUUGCUGCUGCUCAUGUGAUUAAGCGAUACAUCGCACAGGCUGGAGAUGAGCUGUCUUUUGAGGUUGGAGAUAUUGUGUCUGUUAUUGACAUGCCCCCCAAGGAAGAUACCACAUGGUGGAGGGGAAAGCAUGGGUUUCAGGUUGGAUUCUUUCCUAGCGAGUGUGUAGAGCUCAUUAAUGAGAAAGUUCCCCAUUCUGUGACGAGCGUAAUGCCCAAGCCAGUUUCCAAAAAGCACGGCAAGCUGAUCACCUUCCUGCGCACCUUCAUGAAGUCGCGACCCACCAAACAAAAGCUGAAGCAACGAGGAAUCCUGAAGGAGCGAGUGUUUGGCUGUGACUUGGGCGAACACCUGCUCAACUCUGGUUACGAUGUCCCCCAGGUACUUAAAAGCUGCACAGAUUUUAUUGAGAAAUAUGGAGUGGUGGAUGGUAUUUAUCGACUUUCGGGAAUUGCGUCCAAUAUUCAGAAGCUACGACACGAGUUUGACUCUGAGCAGAUUCCCGAUUUGACAAAGGAUCUCUACCUGCAGGAUAUCCAUUGUGUGGGAUCCCUGUGCAAGCUCUACUUCAGAGAAUUACCGAACCCACUACUCACCUACCAGUUAUAUGAGAAGUUCUCAGAUUCUGUCUCAGUGGCUUCUGAUGAGGAUCGCUUGGUUAAAAUUCAUGAUGUGAUCCAGCAGCUUCCUCCUCCUCACUACAGGACUCUCGAAUUUCUGAUGAGGCAUUUGGCUCAAUUGGCAACCUACAGUUAUAUCACUAACAUGCACACCAAGAACCUGGCUAUUGUCUGGGCUCCAAACCUUCUGAGGUCCCGGCAGAUCGAAUCGGCUUGUUUCAGUGGCACUGCUGCCUUUAUGGAGGUUCGGAUACAGUCUGUGGUGGUGGAAUUCAUUCUCAAUCAUGUGGAUGUCCUGUUCAGUUCCAAGCUUAGCUCCGUAAUCCGGGAGGGUGCAGGACAUACCUCUUUGUCUCGGCCCAAGUCCUUGCUGGUCUCGUCCCCUUCCACCAAGCUGCUGACCCUGGAGGAGGCCCAAGCUCGCACACAGCUCCAGAUCAACUCCCCGCUCACUGCUGACAGCAAGUACAUUGAAGUAGGAGAUGGACCAGCAGCACUGCAGGGACGCUUCCACACGGUCAUAGACUUCCCCGUGGACAGACCCGCCAAGUAUUUAACGCAGAGUCCUUUACCAUCGUUAUCCAGGAAGAGGACAACCAACAAAUCAAAGAAGUCACCUGUUGGCACUUGGCGUUCUUUCUUCAACCUCGGCAAGUCCUCUUCUGUGGUCAAACGGAAGCUGCACCGCAACCCCAGCGAGCCGACAGAGAUGAAGUCCAUGGUGUUGGCAGCAAAGGGUGAUUCAGGAACACUUCGCUCUGCAAAAAGUGAAGAGUCUCUUUCAUCUCUGCACAAUGUGGAAGGAGAAUCCAAGAUGUACAGACCGAGGAGGCCUCGGUCCAGCAGCGAUGCCUUGUCCAUUACCUUCAACGUUGGUGGCCUUUCCGGCCUAAACCACUGCAAUUCCUACGACAACCUUCCCAGCAACGAUAGUGAAGGAGAGGAUGCCAUGCUCCAAGUGCCUGCACUGGUGUCUCCUCGAAUGGACGAAGUAGAACUGAGCCCACCUGAUAUGGGAGCGGCAGGGUUGGACUUUGACCCAAUGUCCUUUCAGUGUAGUCCACCACGGGCAGAACUACUGGUGCUGGACAACAACUCGUCUCGGGUUAAUUCCCCGCCCACUGGUAAAGACAAGCUGAAUGGCAGUUCGAGGGAGUCAGUCUUUGGCAGUGUGUGUUUGACCCCUGGUAGUGCCACUAGUUCUGAACCAGCCUCUCACUCCCCAGAUAAAGUACUCAGCCCAUUCUUCUCGCCAGAUCUGAGCCCCACUGAUGAGAAACUGGCCAAACCACCUUCUUUUGCAGAAAAGGUGGUUCACGCCUUCUCCCCCAAAAUAGGACGCAAGACCCCCAAGUUUCCCAUGUUGACUAUUUCUGAUCCCAUCGCCAUCUCUGUUCCGACACGUGUUUCUGAAAUGAUCGGCAACAUGGCUGCUGUCUCCCUAGCCUCGUCUCCGCCUUGCACCAGCCCAGCGGCCUAUAGCAACGACAACAAGUCACCUCCGCAGAUGAUGUCCAUGUUACUGAAGACCAGUGACAUGCAACUGCCUGAGGUUUGUCGUCUGGAGAUCCACAGGAAGCUCUCUGCUGCUGCGGCAGGCUCAGAGACUAAAGGGCAAAGUCCAGACUGGCACGAUCAGACUUGCUACCCCAAGCCUGCGCCAGCUCCCUACUUCCAAACAGGUACAAAAUGGCAAAGUGCAGACCAGCACGAGCUGACCAGUCAGAACAAAACUAAACCACUUCCUCAGUCGCUAGUAGGGACUAAAGGACAAAGUUCCGAUUGGCAUGAAUCCAGCAAUCAACCCAAGACGACCCAGUCACAAAUGGAGGCAAAAGCACCAAGCCCAGAAUGGCAUGAAUUGACCAAUCGGAACAAGACCACACCAUCUACCCAGCCACAUGCAACUCCUUCAGUGGAAUCCUCGCAGGAAGCUCCAGCGGUUAGCACUGUGCCUCUGAUUCCACCACCUCCACCCCCAAAGAGUGCCGCCCGCCUGCUGGCACUGGCUCUGGCAGAGAGUGCCCAGCAGGCCACUGCGCUCUCUCAGAAGAAGCCUCACCCCGGGAAUCAGCAUCUUUUCACUGCACCGUCGACAGAGCAGUGCCCAGCAACUACAGGCCCUGCACCACCCACGGUCAGCUAUCCAACAACUGUGCAGCCUAGUGUGGAUCCGCAGCCAGCCACAUGCCAGACCCCGUCUAGCACUGCGCCAGGGCUCACAGCUUCAGGACAGGUUCGAACGACAGUGUCUCCAGGAGCUCCGGUGAAGCCGUCUGAGCCACGUGAACCUGAACAGGUCGGGUCAGCGUUCAGCCCCAGUAGUGGCUGCGUUAAUCGGCCAGCCGCGGGUGUGGAUGUCCACUGUGGGCAUCAGGGGAAAGCAAGAGACAAUGUCCAAGCACCGGCUAUACACCCACGGGCAGAACCUGUCCCUGUGGAUCACACUGUCUGCAGUGCCACUCCACCAGUACCACCCCUCCGAUCAGCGGAAAGCAGGGCACCACCGAACCAUUCCGCGCCUGAUACCAUUACAGCCUCCAAUUUCCAUUCAUUCCUGGCUUCGACAACCAUACCGUCAUCCAUUGAGGAUGCCUUACCCCAACCUCCUCCUCCUCCUCCUCCCAAGCCACCUUUUCUCUGCCAGUCGCACCCUUACCAUUCCAAGGUGGAGUCCUUGCCGGAUAUGGACAACCACUUCCACCAGAAGCACACCCACUCCAAACCCGUCAUGUACCAGUGCCGGGCUGACAGCGUCCCUCAGCACUUACCCUAUCCAUCCCGGUCGGAGAGCACACCACAGCAUCUGCACUACGGUUCCCGGCCAGAAAACAUUUCCUCGGGCGCAUCUCGGUUCAACAACUGUACCAGCCAGUCCAAGGCAACCUCCGUUCACCUUCCCAAACAUCGACCGUCGAGGUCAGAUUACGUCCCGGUGGGGAAUCCUGCCAUGCGGCCAUUUGUGUGUCCACAUUCCCAGUUUGAGGAGCCUGUAUACCCAGCCAUAAGGCGGGUACAUUCCCUGCACGUGCCGCCUUCUUCCAUCAGGUCGGUUCCCAUUUCCAGAACUGAGGUGCCCCCGGAUGAUGAGCUGUACUAUUAUCAGAGACCCAUCUACCAGUACAAGCCAUGCCAGCCACCUCCACCUCAGUCAGAUUACCACGUCACUCAGCUGCAGCCAUACUUUGAAAAUGGUCGUGUUCAUUACAGGUACAGCCCUUACUCCACUUCUGGGCUGAACCUGCACGAGACGGACUGCAUGUUUUAUGAUCUGGCAGAUGCCUACGGUUCAGUCAGGCUAAGGCAAUUCCAUUCCUUCACCAGCCGAGAUAUCCCACCUUACGUGGGUAGAUUUCAGGGUAAAAUCUUCCCGUAUCCCAACGCACCCCACUACCCCCGCAGCGGCGCACAUGCCAACGCAAUGAGCCGCGAACACAGCUUUGUGAGUCGCGAUGUGCCCCCGUCUGCGGAUGCAAAACUGGCCCACAUGGUGUGGGACCCAGAGGAGAAGUCCCGCUUCCAGUCCAUUCGGCGAGAGGUUCGGAGCCGGCAGAAGACCAGGGGGGUGGUGAUGUCGCAGUACGACAACGUGUCCCCAAACUUGCAGGAGGAAUUUGGUGGCCUGGAGAUUCACCAUUCCAGAAGUAAGUCCGAUCCUGGGAAAACUGGCAUGGUGACGAGCGAGGGAAAGGAGAGGUGGCAUCCUGCUGCCUCGAAGACCCCAGACAUUGAACCACAAUACGUCCGCCACUCCCCAGACAGUGAGCUGGACAGUGGGCCAUAUCUCCAGCCAUCAACUCCUCACCACUUACCAUUCGGAAAUGGGCAGAUUGAGAAGCCAGCCCUUCCUCAGAAACAGAACCCCAACAGGACCAGAAGGCCACAUGAAACUGCGUACGACCAGUCGCUGUACGAUUCCUGCCAAAGGUCCACAGACUCAAAAGGGGGGCACGUGUACAACACGCACUCGGCCCUAUCAGCAGGCUUUGGCUCCAAGCACAGGCCCGAUCUCCCGGAUUCACGAACAUAUCCAUCCGCAAGUGGCAAAUACGUACUUUCUUCUCACGAGCCUUUGCAGAUGUACGAAGAUCCAUUUCGGACAGCAAUGGACAGGCCGGAUUUAGAGAGAGUGAAAGUAAGAGGCGGUGGCGGGGACCUGCCGACCAGAGACUGCUACAGCAAGGAGGCCGAAGAGCUUGUCAAACCACUGAUGUCGGGCCAAGUGGAGAGGAGUUACGGCACCAAGUAUCAGCAGCAUGCUGAGCCACUGGCAAGGGAACAGUCUCUCUCCUACCCAUACCCCUGCCUGGGUCACGCAAGCAGCAAGAGGCACAGCACACUGACGGUCAUGUCUCAGUACGACAACCUGGAUGACUGUCACACUCUGGCUCAGCAGCAGAAACGAGGCUUGGGAGGGAGUGCCCCGUUUGUCCCUCCCAGCUACGGUCAUCCCCAGGCCAGGACAUUUAGCACUGCUCUGGGCCAAGGAAGCUUCUUAUCUACUGAGCUGGCAUUGCAGAGGUCUGAAGCAGAACUACACGUGGAAUGAGCAGAAAUUUUACUCUCUACAGUCUCUGCUGGGCAGUGGACUGUUUUAUUUUUCAAAAGAUAACCCGAGUACUGUUUUUAAAUGCAAAAUAUGUCGAAUAUUGGGCCUUGUGUGUUGUGUAUUUUGAGCACAUGUAUGAAAUGUGAGAUUGCAUUUUGUGCCCUUGGUGAAUGACUCGCAGCUUAGUGUUUAGCCUUGUCAAUACUCUGCACGAGGAUCAACAGUUAAAGGGAUUAUCGUCCUAAAUUCCUUCUGAUGAGAAACAUUAUUGUUCAGUGGAGCUGCUGAGGAGAAGUUGUUAAAUCCCUGUCUCGAUCAAAUCCCCAUCUCAUACAAACUACAGUUCCUCUAUAGGGCUGGCUCUGUCUCAGUUCCCCUCUCCCCCAACCCACACCCGCACACAGACGCACAAACACACACACGCACACAGACGCACAAACGCACACACGCACACACACAAACAAACGCACACACACUUGCUCAUGUUGCAGGUCUGCCUCGGUUGUGUCUACACUCAUCAUCUCACAACUGCAUGCCUCGGGGGUUGAAUAACCAUGAUCUGGAAGAUAUUCUUCAUCUGUGUAAGCAAACCAGGCUCAGAAAAUUAGUUCCUUUAUAGUUUGAAAUUGGUUUGUUAGAAGUACAGAGCCAGUCCUCCACUUGAGUUUCUAACUGAGCAUCCGUGGUGACACAUCACCACACAAUAUGCCAUCUGGCUAAUACACAGUGACCACCUCAGUGCCAGUGUUAUCCAGAGGAUGUUCAUGCUUGAGGGUUAGUAAAUUCAGCCGAUCUUAGAUAUAUCUUUUAGAACCUUCUAAGUAGGUACUCAUGUACUGUUGCAGGGGUUGUAGCAAACGGGUUGUGCAUUUAAUUGGCUAUAUCAAGGUUUAACCACUGCCAUGGCCAGGUUAGAGUCCUGGGUAUGUUUAGUCCAGAUCGACAGUGCAGCUGAGCUGCCAAGUCACGGCCAGCACUCUGCACCAUUCGUGCACUGUCAGAGAUGGCUUUGAGAAGGGGUCAGUGAAAGUGAAUGGUGCUCCAUCACAGACCUUGGCAGCAAGGGUCUUGUGUAAAGAGAUUGUCCUUUUGAGGUAGAUUAAACGGCAGGUCUGGUGUCUAUGUGAGUUGCUGGGCCCAGCAUGAGAAUGUUUGCAGACAGAUGUAAUAUUGUUUCAACUAGUAAUAGAAAGUGGGGAACUUAACAUCACAGAGUUUUCAUCAGAGCAGGAGAUGAGCAAGCUUUAAACAAGGUCAGAGCUUGGAGUUGGGAAUAAGUAGAUGUGUGGAACAGUGGGCAGAAAUAUAAUGUUGUAGGUGGUGUGAGUGAAGGUGGGGGGUAUGGGAAAUUAGUUGACGAAAGGGACUGUGGUCUAAGGUGCAAUGGGAAGAGGUGUCAAUGUCGGGGGAGGCUUGCCAUGGCUCGGGAAUGUGGGAAAAGGUAGGUAGAUUCUGGGGGUGCAGAUCAGCAUAUCACCAUGUAUUAAACUGGGGCCCCCACCUAAGCACCAGCCCACACUCAGUGUAGCCAUCCUCUAUUGACUGUAGAGCUGUCAACCAAAUCUAUUGCAUCGGCAUUGAUGUAGUUAUAACACCUGCUGGCCAAUGGAUAAUAAAAAUAGCCAGAGAGUUAUGUUCUUAGUGGAGAGGUUAACAGUUUAACCAAAUGUGUAAGUUUAAAGAUGGUGAGAUACCCAAGUAAACUAGUUGGACCGUUGUGAGUGGUUGUUGGAAUGUUCAGCCAGCAAGGCAGCAGGAAGCAAGGCUGCACAAGGUGGAUGUGUGCAGGGAACAUGUCCUGGUAAUUGGAUCACUUCAUCCAACCCCUACUAAAUUAUGCACACGCAGUAGGUAGACUGAAGCAAAACCCUUUCUGCAGCUCAGUUCUGCACAGUUUAGCCGUGUGUGCUCUUGUGCAUGAUCUCUUCCAUCAAAUGCUAAACUAUUUUGAUUGUGCAUUAUUUUUUAUGUGAUUAGGACACUACUGUGACAAAACAAAGUGAAAAGCAAACUGAGAGGCUUGGAAAUGUCCAGUGGAUGUGUCAGAUUAUGAGUGCAGGGUGCGUUUCAGAUGCCACGACAUGAACCUGGAUAUCAGGUGCACUGCAUUUCCAGCAUUUUCAAAUGUUACUUUAGAUUACCAAUUAUCUUUCAGCCAGGGAUGAAACCCUCUCUAUAACUAAGAUUCUUAACAGACAGGAAUAAUGAUUUAUCCUCAGUAAUAAUUACUUGCUGUGGUAGCGCCUGUAAACUUAGCCAUCACUUCUCAAUCAGCAAGCUUGUUUAGCUUCCUGCAACGUGCUCCAUAUAACAUAGUGUAAAAUGGGCUCUGACCCCCUUCAAGUUAUCAUUAAAUGCAUUGUCAGUCGUAAUAUAUGAAGGGGUCAGUGUUGCUGCAGCUCCAGAUAGAGCUAGCUAUUGUGUCACCCGUGGUAAGAGCAUGAAGUGUAUGUUUCACCCAGUGCCUGAAAAAACAAGUCAAGGUCGUUUGUACUUGUGCUAAUGAGACAUAAUGUUUGAGAAACACAUCAGUGGUUUUCUUUAAGAGAAAUAUAAUAGCCCAAGUUUGCAACACAUCCGAAUUCCUGAUGAAUCCACUACUGGGAAACCUGUCACCUGGAAAUUAAUUGCUACCCGUCAUUCAUCUCUAUUUUCUGUGUCUUUUUGAGUUUGUCUUGGUGUAAAGAGUGAUACGCAAAGCUGGUGUAAUGAAGUGUAAAUACUGGAUCUGUUUGUGAGUCCUGUACAUACUGAGCAUUUCCCCACUGCUGGCUGCUGCCAAUUGUGUAUUGGAACAAGAGGUGAUUUUUCUUUUCUGUUCUUUUGUACUGAAUACUGAUGAAGCUGGACUUGCACAAUUCAGCAGAAUUGCAUUGUUCCACCACACAGGAUCUCAGCAUUACAUAAAAAAGGCAACAUCAACUAAAAACA